AUGUCGUCCCUCUUUUCCAUGGAGACGUUCCCGCCGAUGGACGACGCGGUCCGAGCCUCGGCCGCGCCGCAGCUGGUGAUGCUGGCCAACGUAGCGGAUGCCGUGGCCGAGGAAAAAGAGAUGGCGGAGUUAAAGACAGUGGCGUGCGGCUACUCGGACGGCGAGGACGACAUCAGCUACGGCUAUGACGACGGCGCUGCCGUUAUUACCGCCGCCGACUAUUCGGAGUCAGUGAGCCUAGUCGCGGACGGCGGUGAAUUCUCGCCCCCGGACUCGUGCGUCCCUGCCCCUCCAUCGCCGCCUGUCCCGGUAGAGGUCACCAAGAAGAAGAGGCCUUUCCACUGCAAGCCGUGCCACUUUCAGGCUGAGGAUGAGAAUGCCUUUGUUGAGCACCUGCGAACACACGCCGUCAGCAAGGCGGUGGUGGGCCGGCGCGUGGAGGGGCGCAGCAAAGGAAAAGGGGCCCAGGAGCCCGCCGAGGAGGCGGCGGCCGACGCCAAGGGUCUGAUCCGCUGCCAGCGCUGUGGCUACAACACCAACCGAUAUGAUCACUACGUAGCACACCUCAAGCAUCACGGCAAAGAGGGUGACGACCACAGGGUCUUCAAGUGCACCUUGUGCGCGUACAGUACCGUCAGUCAGUACCAUUGGAGGAAGCACCUGAGGAAUCACUUUCCCAGCAAGCUGCACACAUGCACUCAGUGCUCCUACUUCUCCGACCGCAAGAGCAACUACAUCCAGCACAUCCGCACGCACACGGGUGUGCGGCCUUUCCGCUGCCCGUACUGCGACUACUCCAGCUCCCAGAAGACGCACCUGACCCGACACAUGCGCACGCAUUCAGGCGAGCGACCUUUCAAGUGCGAGAGCUGCAACUACCUGGCCGCCAACCAGCACGAGGUGACCCGCCACGCCCGACAGGUCCACAACGGUCCCAAACCGCUGGCGUGCCCGUACUGUGAGUACAAGACUGCUGACCGCAGCAAUUUCAAGAAGCACGUGGAGCUCCACCUCAACCCUCGCCAGUUCCUCUGCCCGCUCUGCAAAUACGCCGCCUCCAAGAAGUGCAACCUGCAGUACCACAUCAAAUCCCGACACUCGGGCUGCGACGUCACUGUCGACGUCUCCAAGGUUAAGCUGAGGGUAAAAAAACCUGAGGGGUCAUCAGCGGAGGAGCUGCCGACUCCUCCCGAGGGACGCUCCGAUGCCGUCGACCUUUCCAUCGGAAAGAAAGGGGAACAGGGCACGGAGAAAGCAGAGCACGUGGCCGUCGGAAAGAAAGGGGAACGGGGCACGGAGGAAGCAGAGCACGUUGCCGUCGGAAAGAAAGGGGAACGGGGCACGGAGGAAGCAGAGCGCGUUGCCUUGGGAAAGAAAGGGGAACGGGGCACGGAGGAAGCGGAGCGCGUGGGCAAACUGGAGCGGGAGAAAAGCGUCACCGGCGGCAGACAAAAGGAGACGCCCGCCGUCUCCGAAACCAAGAAAAGAGUCAAGAGAAGUGGGACCGACGGAGCACGCCGCCUGGAACCCACGGAGGACCGGACGGAGAAGUCUCCGUCCAAUUCUACAUCCGGAGGAACAGUCGGCCGGAGAGCUGCGAGCCGGCCUGGAAGUUCCGCCCCCAUUGAGUCGGAGCCAGAAGAACCCGCUCGGCGGAAGGGCGGGAAAUGCAAAAAGAGGAAGGCGGCAGGAGCGCCGGAGCUUGCUCCGGAGUCUCGCCGGGUCAGAGAGGGGCGGUCCCGUGCGGCACGCGGACAUGCCAACACCAGUGAGCCAGUGGAAGAGGGCCCACUCUGCCCACCCUUGGCCAAAGUCCAGGCCGCCGAGCCGGAAGACGACGAGGGCGUACACAGCGGCCACGAAGGCGGCGGCGGUGACGGAGGCGACGUCAGCGACAAUAGCGACGGUGCCUCUGAAGGCAGCGAUGACUCCGGGCUCAAUGGGAAAAUGGUCAACGACUCAGAGACGCCCAGCCCUGAAACGCCCGCUCCGACGGAGCAGAAAAGUCACACCUGCAUCUUCUGUGACCGCCACUUUCCCCUUGAGUCCCAAUACCGCCGCCACCUCAACCGCCAUCUUGUCAACGUGUACUAUAUGGACACGGCGGCGGUCCACUGA